CUUCCAAAAUGUAUUUUUUUUUUUUAAGGGAGAAGGGGGCUUUUGUCCCAGUUAUCAGCCUUCCUACCCAAAAGGAGAACUCCUAUUAAUCUGUCAAAACCCAGCUUCAAGAGCAAUUUUUUUAAAGAGAGAGAGAGAGAGAGAGAUUUUAAAAAUAUUUAUUUUUUAGUUUUCGGUGGACACAACAUCUUUAUUUUAUUUUAUGUGGUGCUGAGGAUCGAACCCAACGCCCCGCGAAUGGCGAAUGCCAGGCGAGAGCAUUACCGUUUGAGCCACAUCCCCAGACCCCAAGAGCACUUCUUAAGAACCUUCUUACUGCUCUUCAACACUCCGUAUGUACUUCCAAUUCAGCCCCCAUCACGUCUCUUGGCAGAGAUGUUGGUUGUUGGGGUCCUCUUCCCUAGAGGCCAGAAACAUUGCAGUCAACCAUUUUCAUCUUUGGAACUUCAGUACUUUUUUUGAUGAAAACGCCAUGAGGAGAUAGAGGCGUGGCAAUGGAUAGGGCAGAUUCAGAGCUUGCUUCGGAAGCGAGUGAGGGACUGACUCAAGAGGCGGCGGGAGUCAGGUGGACCUGUUUGGACCAGAAGCUGCCUCCAGGCACCAAAGCUCUGAAGCAGCUAUCGGAGUAAACAGAGCCUCUGGGGGGCGCCCAAGUCCUUGGUGUCUGAAAGGAACAGCUAGUGGCCGCACCAGCAGCCCCUCGCCGAGUGACUCAGCCACUACCUCUGGCGGGGGCGUGGGGGCUGGAGAACAGCGCGGAGGGCUGCUAGCGCGGUUCCCGCCAGCCAGAGGCGGGGUGCGGUUGCUAAGCUCUCCAAGGCCUCCGAGAGCCGCGAUCUGGGCGAACCUCAUCAGUUACCAUGGUAACACUGCGCCCCAGCCUCCCGCUCUAGGCCACUGAAGAGGCGCAGCCAAUCAGAAGCUGUGGGCGUUCUCGGGGACCCCUCCCAGUGUGUGGGCGGGGGUCAGGAGAUGCGGGGGGAGGAGGCGGAGCGUGGGCCGUCGAGAUGCGGUAUUUGCAACAGUUCUGGCGUGUUCGCCCAGCUGCGCUGGGACACUUCCGGAAUAGUUGUGGAGCGCCAGAGAGUCAAUACAGGGUUCCCUCCAGAAGAGGCGUCGCUCGCGCAUAUCAGAUUGAUGGACCAUCUAAGGAGGUUCCAAGCUUGUCUUGUUUCUCUCCGGUUGGAGAAAAGCCAGUCACUUGGGGGUUCUUCAGAAUGCCUUACAGAGGGAAUCUGGGCGCUGGGCACUGUCCAGCCACUUCCAAUCAAUUAUCCUGGAGUUUCUCCAGAGACCCUCAACUUCAGGGUAGGCUAUUAUGGGAACACCUCUGCCCAGAUUCACGGGAGUUCCACCAGGCAGCCCUUGGAGUAUCACAGACAGCUGGGACUCCAGGAGCGGGCGUGGGUGUUUGUGUAAACAUGUGUGCCAGCGAGUGUCACUACCUGGUAGGGUCUGGGGGCAAAUGGGUUUAUGCUGUGCAUACCUAACAUAUGACAGAACGAGGGUGGGCGUGUUGGAGAGUAGGUCCAAGGGGACGGUCGCCUCCAGGAAUGUCUAAGGGGAGUCCCCCGAGAUCAGCUACCUUUGUCUCGCUUAGGAUUUCCAUAAUCUCCAUCUCGUUACCUACUGUCACCAUCUAUUGUUAUCAGAAUUCCUCCUUGAGGGCAAGACUUCCUAAUUGAAGCUAUGUUCUUAGAAAAAUGUACGCAGAAGGGCUUAGCUCAAAAUCCAAAGGUUUAUGGACUUGCAUUCGGGACUUGGAGUCCAGGUGGACACAUCUGGAAGAAUGAACCUGCACAUAGGUCUCCUGCCCAGCUGGGCAUCUGCGAGUCUCCAGCCCAGGUGCGCCAGAGAGGUUUCUGUGGUGCAGCGCAGAGUCCCACACUGCCGCGAGGUGGCGCCAUAGCCGCAGCAGCGCCUGCCGGCCCCGACCGCUCCAGAUAAGAGUGUGCGGAAAGCGCGGCGGGGCUGAGACGCGACCAGGACGCGGGGAGGACGGACCAGCAGGACAGACCGACCGGGGGCCCGGCGGGCGGAGGGCAGCACAGCGCAGCCACGUCCCCCCUGGAUCCGCCGGCAGCCGGGCCCGGGGCUUCCGACAUGCCCCCCAGGAGAGUGUGCUGGGCAGACGAUGCUGGACACGAUGGAGGCGCCCGGCCACUCGAGGCAGCUGUUGCUGCAGCUCAACAACCAGCGCACCAAGGGCUUCUUGUGCGACGUGAUCAUCGUGGUGCAGAACGCCCUCUUCCGCGCGCACAAGAACGUGCUGGCGGCCAGCAGCGCCUACCUCAAGUCCCUGGUGGUGCAUGACAACCUGCUAAACCUGGACCAUGACAUGGUGAGCCCGGCAGUAUUUCGCCUGGUUCUGGACUUCAUUUACACCGGUCGCCUGGCUGACGGUGCAGAGGCUGCGGCUGCAGCGGCCGUGGCCCCGGGGGCCGAGCCGAGCCUGGGCGCUGUGCUGGCUGCCGCCAGCUACCUACAAAUCCCUGACCUCGUGGCGCUGUGUAAGAAGCGCCUCAAGCGCCACGGCAAGUACUGCCACCUGCGGGGAGGCGGCAGUGGCGGCGGCGGCUAUGCGCCCUACGGGAGGCCGGGCCGGGGCCUGAGGGCGGCCACGCCGGUCAUCCAAGCCUGCUACUCGUCCCCGGCCGGGCCUCCGCCGCCGCCUUCCUCUGAGCCGCCGUCGGGCCCCGAGGCAGCGGUCAACACUCACUGCGCGGAGCUGUACGCUUCGGGCCCGGGCCCAGCCACCGCACUUUGUAUCCCAGAGCGCCGCUGUUCCCCGCUCUGCGGCCUGGAUCUGUCCAAGAAGAGCCCACCGGGCUCUGCGGCUUCUGAGCGACCACUGAGUGAACGUGAGCUGCCUCCGCGUCCGGACAGCCCUCCUAGCGCCGGCCCCGCUACCUACAAGGAGCCACCACUCACCCUGCCGCCGCUGCCGCCGCUGCCGCCGCUGCCCUUCCAGAAGCUGGAAGAGGCCAUACCGCCUCCGGACCCGUUCCGUGGGAGCGGUGGCAGCCCCGGACCCGAGCACCCCGGCCGCCCCGACGGGCCCAGCCUCCUCUACCGCUGGAUGAAGCACGAGCCGGGCCUGGGUAGCUACGGCGACGAGCUGGGCAGGGAGCGCGGUUCUCCAGGCGAGCGCUGCGAGGAGCGCGGCGGGGACGUGGCAGCCUCGCCCGGGGGCCCCCCGCUCGGCCUGGUGCCGCCGCCGCGCUACCCGGGCAGCCUGGACGGGCCCGGCGCAGGUGGUGACGGCGAUGACUACAAGAGCAGCAGCGAGGAGACUGGCAGCAGCGAGGAUCCCAGCCCACCUGGAGGCCACCUCGAAGGCUACCCAUGCCCGCACCUGGCUUAUGGAGAGCCAGAAAGCUUUGGUGACAACCUGUACGUGUGCAUCCCUUGCGGCAAGGGCUUCCCCAGCUCUGAGCAGCUGAAUGCGCACGUGGAAGCUCACGUGGAGGAGGAGGAGGCGCUGUAUGGCCGGGCUGAGGCUGCUGAGGUGGCUGCUGGGGCAGCCGGCUUAGGGCCCCCUUUUGGCAGCGGUGGGGACAAGGUCGCUGGGGCUCCAGGUGGCCUGGGAGAGCUGCUGCGGCCGUACAGAUGCGCGUCCUGCGACAAGAGCUACAAGGAUCCAGCCACUUUGCGGCAGCACGAGAAGACGCACUGGCUGACCCGGCCCUAUCCAUGCACCAUCUGUGGGAAGAAGUUCACCCAGCGGGGGACCAUGACGCGCCACAUGCGCAGCCACCUGGGCCUCAAGCCCUUUGCAUGCGACGCGUGCGGCAUGCGCUUCACACGCCAGUACCGCCUCACAGAGCACAUGCGCAUCCACUCCGGCGAGAAGCCCUAUGAGUGCCAGGUGUGCGGUGGCAAGUUCGCACAGCAACGCAACCUCAUCAGUCAUAUGAAGAUGCACGCUGUUGGUGGUGCGGCCGGCGCUGCCGGCGCGCUUGCAGGCCUAGGGGGGAUACCAGGCGUCCCUGGCCCCGACGGCAAGGGCAAACUCGACUUCCCAGAAGGCGUCUUUGCUGUGGCUCGCCUCACGGCUGAGCAGCUGAGCUUGAAGCAGCAGGACAAGGCAGCUGCGGCCGAGCUGCUGGCGCAGACCACGCACUUCCUGCACGACCCCAAGGUGGCGCUCGAGAGCCUCUACCCGCUGGCCAAAUUCACCGCGGAGCUGGGCCUUAGUCCCGACAAGGCGGCGGAGGUGCUGAGCCAGGGCGCUCACCUGGCUGCUGGACCCGACGGCAGGACCAUCGACCGUUUCUCCCCGACCUAGCGCGCCCCUUGCUGGCCCGCCUUCGCCUUGCCGUUGCUUCUCGGCCCGGCCCGUACCCCUAAGGAGAAGCGCGGCACACCGUGCCUGGGACAACUAGUAGCAACGGCGUCGCCUCAGUGGCGGCCCCACCUCUUUGCGGCCUCACCUGGCCUCACUGCUUUGUGCCUUAGCUGGGGGUGGGGAUGGGGGAAAACCCCUGGAUGGGGUGGGAUGGGGGAAGGGAGAUUUAUAUUUUUGAUAUCAGCUUUGACCAAAGGAGACCCCGGCCUCUCCCUGCCUCUUCCUGUGGUUCUUUGGCCCCCUCCCCCGGCUCCAUGCUGCUCUUUGGGGGAGGGGUGUCACUGUUGGGGCGCUCCCAGCCCUACCUCCGGCCCUUGCGACCACACCCAUUCUCACUGUGAAUCUCCCCGCUGGGGUCGGAGUAUCGGGCAGAGUUGUGGAGAGGGGAGGGGACUGAGCCAGCCGGAGGGUCCCCGCCUUCUGCUCCUGCCCGCCCGGGACUGAUAAUGUGAAGUUCCUCAUUUUGCACAAGUGGCACUAGCCCCAGGGCCAACCCUUUCCUCUCCAACCACCAAGGUGAGGAGUUAUGGAGCCAGGGCCAAGGCAGCCCUGGCUUGCCUCAUCUCCCACUCCCACGGUGUCCCCUACCCUUCCCUGGGGCCCCGGAUCAUAUUUAUUGCAUGCUCCCCGGGUGGCCCCCCCAUCCUGAGCCCAGCCUGGGCUGGGCUGGAAAGCGGUCUCCUUAGCUCCCUCCUCCUAUUUUGUAUAUUUCCUACCUUGUACACAGGCUCUUUCAGAGCCGCUUCCAUUUUCUAUACUCGAACCAAACAGCAAUAAAGCAGUAACCAAGGUUCCCAA